AUGCGCAGGAACCCUGAGCACGACAAGGAGCGUGUAAGUGCCUCAGGCAUCAUCAGUGGACCACAUUUAUCACUCAGCACAACUUCCUGGUACCUGGCAGGCUUCGAAACUCAAUCCGGCAUCCUCACGUUCUCGGAUCUACAAUUCCUGAGCAGCACCUUCAAUGAUGUUGCCUCCCAGACCUGCCCACAAUGGGUGGAAUCAAUGCUUGAGGCGGCACUGGCUAAUUCUACGACCUGGCCAGGCAUACAACUGACACUAUCCUCGCCGUACUGCGGGCUCGACUGCACAACAAGUGUCCAAUCUAAAGCCGACAGGUUUGCCGACGAACCAGCUCUUCUCGACGACACCCCUUGGCGAAUUGCAAGUAUCACAAAGACCUUCACGGCCGUGGCUAUCUUGAAGCUCGUGGAGCGGGGACAGCUGGAUCUGCAUGCCCCUGCUGUGCAGUACCUUCCUGAUUGGGCCGUUCAGCUGCUUGAGCAAUCACAAGGUGUCAUUAAUGCUAGUCAGAUCACAACUUGGCAGCUGCUGCAUCAUACAAGUGGGCUAGGUGAUUUCGCCUCUGAUCCACGAUGGAUGCAAGAAGUUCUGAAUAGCCCACAGCAUGUAUGGACACAACGAAAUUUGUUCGAAUGGUCUACAGCCAAUUCAACAUCUGUCGGAUAUCCUGGAGAAGUCUUUCACUAUAGCGACACAGGCUAUACUUUGCUUGGCCUGAUAUUGGAGGUUGUGACAGAGACUGAUCUCGCAGCUGCGGUUCAUAGGUUGACUGGACUCGACGACCUUGGCAUGCUGUCCACAUGGUGGGAACUCCUGGAGCCACAGCCCAAGGAUUCUUUGCAACGUGCAGGGCAGUAUUACAAUACCAUUGAUGUGACACACUACAAUCCGACCUUUGAUUUAUACGCAGCAGGUGGUUUAGCGAGCAAUUCCAAGGACUUGAACCGUUUCGGACGAGCACUAUUUGAAGGUCGACUGCUGGAUGAGAAAGUCAUGCAGCUCAUGUACUCCUUGGAACCAUCCAGGUUUUACGGGUGUGGGGUUGCAAAUUACUCUUUCGCCAGCCAACAAGCUUGGGGUCACACUGGCUUUUGGCAUAGUUGCUUGUUUUGGGUCCCGUCUCUCGAUCUGGCGAUCUCGGGUACAGGCAAUCAGGCUGCUGGUAACCCAUUUGAUAUCGACAAGCUGGUCCAGAACGUCAUCGAUUAUGGCUGUAAUCCGAUGGAGGUUGCGAGGCAAGGUUUGGAUUCACAUGGAGGCGAAAAGGUUGCGAUCGACCUUAUGAGGUCGACGAUGCAUGUGUCACAACUUAUCAUGGACUGA